AUGGUGGUUGGGAACAGAGAUCUACCUGAGGAGUCCAGCUUGAAGAUAGCUUUCCUACUCUUUCAGGGAUUCUGUGUAUCUCUAGAUUUUCCAAUUGCUCAGACUUCUGUGUGGACUAAGCAUGGUUUCACUUUCCUUGCACUAUAUUAUCUCUACAAGUUUACCAGUGUUUAUCAACCUACAUGGUCUGUUGGAAAGACAUCACCCCAACCCUCCACCACCAAUAAGCAGGAGCAGAGAAUGAAGAGGAUGAAGAAGCUCAAAAGGGAUCUCCAGAAGAUCAAAAAUGAGAGAGACAAAAAUGAGGGAAUCCUGGCCAAUUACACUAACAAGAAUUUGAACAACAGGAUCAUCUUUGAGACUUUCAUAAUCAAGAUGCAACAUGAUCAGGUGAUGACUGACCUGAAUAGGGUGCCCCAGGAUAUCAGUGAGGCCUUGUACAAGUGGAAGGAGCUGACUAAAGAAAAUCAGUUCUACUGCAUUAGGCACAGCCACCUCCUGAGUGAAUCUAACCAUCUCCANCACAAAGUCAGGAUGUUGUGAAAGUAGAACAGACAGCUGCUAGGGAAGCAGACUGGAUUGGAAGAAUGUUCCAAAGAAUCAAAGAGGCUGUGUAAAGAAGGCAGCCAGAAGACCAAUGACCUAUGUACUAGGCAGUAG